AUGUUUGGGAUUAUUGCGGACUUGAUGUCCUCGGUGAUCACCAUCCUCUUCCCCAUUUUCGCAUCCUACAAGGCCCUCCGCUCCUCCGACCCCUCCCAACUCGCACCAUGGCUGAUGUACUGGGUGGUGCUGUCCGUGAUUCUGCUGGCUGAGUCCUGGACUGUGUUUAUCAUCGGAUGGUUUCCAUUCUACAGCUGGAUUCGGCUCCUUUUCAUGUGCUAUCUGGUCCUGCCCCAGACCCAGGGAGCUCGGCUGUUGUACCAGGACUAUGUAGACCCGUUCUUGACGCACCACGAGCGCGAAAUCGAAGAGAUUAUCGGUCGCACCCACGAGCGUGCCAAGACGCUGGGUCUGCAAUAUUUCUACAUGGCCAUCGACAUGAUCCGGGAGAAGGUGAUGGGCCUCCCUCCUCAACGUCAAGCACCUCCGCCUCCAUCCGGGCCCGCGGCCUAUGCGCAGUCCCUGCUGUCCCGAUUCAACCUCCCCGCCGCUACCGCCCCAUCGAACAUAUCCAACGAUUGGUAUUCGGCGCUCAGUUCGACGCUGGGCUCGUUCACCUCGACGGGUAAGUCUCGUGAGGCUCGCCAGGAGGAGCUUUCAGCCAGUGGGACGCUGCUGCAGCGACACUUGCAGAACAUGACGGGCACACAAAAGGCCGAGUAUAUCUCGGCUCAACGCGAGGCACUGGAUUACCUGCGAUCGACCUUGAUGCGCGAGGAACAGUCGAUGGGCCGCGAUGACCACGAGACGGACGAUCUGGCCUACGGGGCCCCGCUGAAGAAGGACCUCAGCGACAACUCCUUUGAUGUGGUUGACGACGAGGAUCUGGGCAGCCGGGCCUCGCGACGGACGAGUGGAUGGGGAGGGUGGCUUGGAAACGAGCACGAUUCCUCCGGCUCGUCCGGCGCAGAUGCGGCCCGGACGACUGGGUAUGAUCGAUACUAG